AACGUAAACCCUGGAUCAGAGACACCGAGUACCUAUAAUAAUGUAAACCCUGGAUCAGAGACACCAAUCACCGACAAUAAUGUAAACCCUGGAUCAGAGACACCAAUCACCGACAAUAAUGUAAACCCUGGAUCAGAGACACCAAUCACCGACAAUAAUGUAAACCCUGGAUCAGAGACACCAAUCACUGACAAUAAUGUAAACCCUGGAUCAGAGACACCGAGUACCUAUAAUAAUGUAAACCCUGGAUCAGAGACACCGAGUACCUAUAAUAAUGUAAACCCUGGAUCAGAGACACCAAUCACCGACAAUAAUGUAAACCCU